AUGUGCAAGGUGAAGUUGGAGCCCAACGUCAUCUUCAGCUACAGUGUUGGGCUCAGCGCGUGCCAAAAGGGAGAUCAUUGGCAGCUGGCUCUAGCGCUGCUCAGCGGGAUGUUGGAGGCGAAGUUGCAUCCCAACGUCAUCUUCAGCUACAGCGCCGGGGUGAGCGCGUGCGAGCGAGGAAAGCAGUGGGAGCGGGCACUGACGCUGCUCAGAGAGAUGCGGGGGGCCAGGGUAGAUCCCGACGUCGUCAUCUACAGCGCUGCGGUCAGCGCUUGCAGGUCAGGCGAGCAGUGGGAGCGGGCCCUGGCGCUGCUCAGCGAGAUGAGGGAGGCGAAGUUCCGGCCGAACGUUGUCUCUACAGCUCUGGGAUCUCCGCGUGCGAGACAGGAAAGCAAUGGGAGCGGGCCCUGGCACUUCUGA